AUGCCCCUCGACGCCGCCGCCAACGACGGCGGCCAAUCUUCUCACAACUGGCACGAUGACGCCCCGUCACCUUCGGCGAGCAUCAAAUCCGAUAUCGAAUUAGAUGAUGAUGGGAAUGAACAGCCUGGCGCGUCAUCACAACCGAUUCAAAAGCGACGACGAGUAACACGCGCCUGUGAUGAAUGUAGACGGAAAAAGAUCAAAUGCGACGGCAAACAACCAUGCACACACUGCUCUGUCUACAGCUAUGAAUGCACAUACGACAAGCCUUCAAAUAGGAGAAGGAACCCGGCGCCGCAGUAUAUUGAGGCAUUAGAAAGCCGAUUACAACGCGCCGAGUCUCUGCUCUCCAAAUUUAUGCCCGACGUCGACUUAGCCGAUCCGAACCUCGAUCCAGCCAUUCAACAGGAAUUUCGCAACCGAGAAAAUGCUCGCUCUCAAACCUCCAAGAUUCGACAGCCCCCGCCAAGUCAACGGUCGAGUCAAUCCGAUCCGAACGAUGCCCAUCUGACCUCCAUGAUCGAUUCGGUUGGUCAACUCGAUCUCGAUGAAAAGGGAAGCUGGGAUUUCCACGGUAUCUCAUCUGGUGCGGUAUUCCUGAAGCGCAUGAAGGAACAUUUCCGAGGCAUGCUUGGUCCAAGUUCAAAAACUCCUUUUUUACCUCGUGCCGAACGACCGGCCGGCCUCGAUUCACCCUCGCUGUCUUCCGUUGGAACACCAUUCUCAGUCGCUCCAAGUUAUCCCGAACUUCCGCCAAAGGACAUCACUCGGAAGCUUUGUUAUUAUUCUCUCAGCUGCGCGACCUGUCUUGUUCGUAUUGUUCACGUUCCCACGUUUUAUGAGCAAAUGGACAAAAUUUAUGAACGCCCACUGGACAAUUUGUCAAAGGAGGAAACACAGUAUCUGGGACUCCUUUUCUCUGUUAUGGCUCUCGGCUGCAUGUAUAACAACCUGGACGAUACCGAUCCUCGAAGUAUGGCCUAUCAAGAUGCGACGGAAGAAGGGCUCAAAUAUUAUAAUGCCGCGCGAUCUGUUCUACACGACAUGACGGAUUGUCGAGAUCUCAUAUCCCUCCAGGCUCUAUUAUUCGUUAUUCUUUUUCUCCAAGCUACCUCGAACCUUAGCAGCUGCUACUCCUUUGUUGGUAUUGCACUGCGCUCAUCACUCCGGAUAGGUCUCCAUCGACAUUUGCAACAUGAAAAGAUCGACCCAAUCGAACAGGAAGUCCGGAAACGCGUUUUCUAUGUAGUCCGACAGAUGGAUAUCUAUGUUUCGACAUUGCUUGGCUUUCCUCUCCUUCUCAAUGUGGACGACAUUGAUCAACCAUUUCCUUUAGAAGUCGACGACGAGUUCAUCACCCAUACCGGUAUUCUGCGACCACCCCCUGGGUCGCCAUCAUUCUUCCAAGCAUUCAAUGCCCACUCCGAAUUGAUGGAAAUCUUGGCAAAGGUUACCAAAUAUGUCUACCCAACUAAGGGAUUGGGCCAGAGUCUCACAAAAGACAACAAGCCCGCUUCUACCUACCUCAUUAGCUAUGGCCGCAUCAAGGAAAUCGAGGCCGAACUUCAUUCUUGGUUUGAAAGACUUCCCCAACACUGGCGUCCAAGCGGUGAGGGCCCGAUUGAGACUGUCAGAAUCCGCCACUUGUUGAGAUUUGCAUAUGCGCAUGUUCAACUUGUUCUAUACAGACCGUUUUUGCAUUAUGUUUCUCCUCGCCUAAGUCAAGGGACCAAGGUUGAUGAGCUUUCAUAUGCCUGCGCAGCGGCAGCAAUCAGUGUCUCUCGCAACAUCGUGCACAUCGGACUCGAGAUUCGUAAACAGAGAGUCCUUAGUGGACCGUACUGGUUCAUGCUGUACACCGAAUUCUUUGCUGUUCUUUCGCUUGUCUUUUAUGCUACAGAGAACCCCGAGAAACCUGGAUCUACUGAGGUUCUCGCGGAUGCUAGAGCCGGAAGGGAUAUGAUCGCAGCGUUGUCGGAAAAGAGCAUGUCAGCAGAACGAGUCACUGGCGCUCUCACGGCGCUCUUCGAUCAACUACCAGAGCAACUCGAUACUGGAUCUUUACGACAGGUACCUUCAAAAAAGAGAUCAGCCCCUACAGGACGACCUUCUUCUGGGUCUUCACAUCAUGUCCCCAUUCCAGCAAGCAUGUCAUCGCUUGGAACCGCCGAUUUCACACGUGCAAGCCAGGUUUCGACAAGUUCAUACCCAACAACUAUGUCACAAGGUACCAUGGACAUGCAGGCAGGAGGCAUUACUUCCUUCCAGGACAACACUUUCACUGCCAACUUUGGCGACUUCAUGAGCCCGGAUAUGCAGCGUAGCACUCCGGAGUCAACAACCAGCACAGCAACAAGCGCUCAGCGAUUCUCUUACGGUGGACAGCCCAUAGGCAUGCACAACCCCGUCAACAAACUCGAUUCACUCAUGUUUCCUUCAGAAGACCCAUUUGCCUACCCUAACCAGCCUAUGAUGGAACUCGGGUUCCCCGGCAAGGCGGAUCCAACCACAAGUAUUGCUGAUCAAGGCCAGGACAUGCAACUAUUCUUGACUGGAACAUUCGAUGAUGUGGAAAGCCAGAUCUUUGGGCAGCCCCCGCCUUAUAUGAUGCAUCAACAAGGUCAGGGAAUGAUGGGUGUGUCGCCUCAGCCCAUGUAUGCCAACCCUGCGAACCUCAUGGCAAUGCAGCCCAACCAACCGCCGGUAAUGCAACAAAGACGACCGGUUUCACAAACGCACGCUAUCCAUCAGGGUCAUUCAAUGGCGCACCGACGAGCGCACAGACAGCAACAUCAAGAAAGGCAAAUACAACAAAUGUUUACAGAACAGGGAAUGCAGGCGGAUUGGGGAGGCUUCUUUGGUUCAGGAAGAGGAGGAUUCCAAGGAAUGUAA